AUGGAAGAAAGAGUAAAAGCAAAUAUCGAAAAGCUCAAAGCAGAAACUCAACAGCACCUUGGAAGAAAUAAGCUAAUUUUGCUCUUCUUGUUUGUAUUUGCGAUCAUUGGGUUUUAUCUAGUCAUAAACUCUGCCCCUGCAUUUACUGAUGCUGAAAAAGAAAAAAUUUUCAGAUUUCCAAACACUGCUGAAAAGCUGGGAGAAAUGAGUCACGUGAUAUCCAAAUAUACAGAAAAAUACUACGUCUACGUCAUUUUCAUUCUAUCCUACUUGCUUAUUUUAUUAUGAACUUUUUUAUUACCUGGGGCUCCACUCCUUUUCGUGCUAUCAGGAGCAUUGCUAGGAUUUUGGACAAGUAUGAUCAUGGCGACUAUUUCUUUGGCUAUUGGCUCUGCUCUUUCUUACAUAUUAAUAGAAACUGUUGGCAAAGGCAUCGCUAUAAGACUCUUUCCUAACCCGAUCAGCAAAGCUUACACAAACGUAGAAAAACACAAGCACAAUUUGUUCUUUUAUAUACUUUCUUUGAGAGUGAUGCCUUUUGUGCCAAAGUGAAUCAUGACUAUGUCAAGUCCAAUAAUAGGCGUUUCUUUUAACACUUUUCUCGUUACUGCUGUCUUAGGAUUGCUACCUCAUAUUUUCAUUUUUGUGAAUACAGGGACGACGCUGACGUCUAUUAGCGAUUUAGGCUUAAACAGGUACUCUAUAUUAUCCCUAGCUGGGUUGGCUGCUUUAAGUUUAUUACCAACAUUCUUCACAAAAAAAACAGUGCAAGAUGAAGAUAAAGAGGAAGACAUUAGCCCUAAAAAAGACUAA